UUAAGGGAACGAGUCACCUUAAUUAUCUUCAGUGUCAUUUUGGAAAAUAUACAUUAUUCUUCCACCAACAUGUCAUGCACUUUUUCUCCUGCAUAUAAGGAACUCAAUUAGUAACCUCUUUCCCAUACCUUCACUUGACUAAAAAAUAUAUAACCAAUCAUAUUCUUUUUCUAACAAUAUUAUUCAUAUUCAUUCAUUCAUCAACAAAUGGCAACCUCUUGGACUGCAAGGCAGAACAAACUGUUUGAACAAGCAUUGGCUUUAUAUGACAGGGAAACUCCUGAAAGAUGGCACAAUGUGGCCAAAGUGGUUGGAAAAUCAGUUGAAGAUGUUAAGAGUCACUAUGAGAUCCUCAAAGAAGAUGUUCAACGUAUUGAGCAUGGCCAUAUCCCUUUUCCUCGUUACAAAACUAAUACCAACAAUUCCUAAGGUUCUUGAAGAUAUCCAGAAUCCAAUAAGCUUGAAUAACCAACCAAUAUUUGGCGUAUCUAUGUAUCUAUGGCGCAAGUUAUAGAACACUCUAAUUGCACCCUGCCAAGUGAAUGUGGCAAAUCUUUUAUCCUAUUUAUUUCCUUUCUUUUCUAUAGCUAGUUAAAUUAAUAAUCUUCGUAUUCGUUGCUUUACCUUCCUUAAAUUUGU